GCGCUAAUUCAUUACCUCACACCCGACGGGAGCCAGGGCGGGGCGCAGCCCGCGGGGGCGGGCGGGCGCCGGGCCGCUCACCAAUGCCAGCCCGGCGGGGGCGGAGCGGCGGCGGCGGCGCCCGGCUCGCGGCGGCUGGGUUUCCCUGCGCGCGUCGGCUCCCGGGUGGCUGCCAGGCUGGGCUGGGGGGACCCGCGCCCGCUCAGAGCCGAGGGGAUGGAGCCCGUGAGCGUUGGCAGCUGCAUCCUUGAGUAGGACUCCUCCUCCUCCCGCUCCCCUGCUUGGAGGACAUGCAACAGCACCUGCCCUGGAGAGAGCUGGAUUCUUGCAUGGUUGAUGUUAGUAGCACUCCACGGGUGACUGUUUAGCCUGAGUCGAGCAAUGCUCCCUGCAUUCCACGCAGAAGAGAGUGCUGCCUUCAUCGGACUUGUUCACCCAAACGUUUCAGAUGAUAUCUGGCUUUGCAUUAAUUGUCAUGAUGUCUGACAAUAAAACAAAGUCCACUAAGCCUGCAAACAAGACUCCUCCAAAGUCUCCUGCAGAUCCGGCAAAAGAGAGAGCAGCCAAAAGGCUAUCUUAUGAGUCAAACAGUUCCCACGAAGGGGCCAUGGCUGCAGAACUUACUGCUCUAGAAGAGGCUUUUAAAAAGUUUGCCAUCCACGGAGAUACCAGAGCCACAGGAAAAGAAAUGCAUGGGAAAAACUGGUCAAAAUUAUGUAAGGACUGUCAUGUGAUAGAUGGGAAGAAUGUGACAAUCACGGAUGUUGACAUCGUCUUCAGUAAAAUCAACGUGUCACUGGAAGUGAUGCCGUCCAGAAGACACCUUCUUCGUUCCAUAAUUUGGUCAUGUGCUAGCUUGGCUACUUUUUGGGGGAAAUCUUCUAGGACGAUUACUUUUGAUCAAUUUAAAGAAGCUCUUCAAGAACUCUCCAAGAAACGAUUUAAAGACAAGAGCAAUGAGGAAGCAGUUCAAGAAAUACAUAAACUAAUCGAAGGAAAAGCCCCGAUCAUAUCUGGAGUAACGAAAACCAUUUCAUCUCCAACUGUAUCACGACUUACAGACACGUCAAAAUUCACUGGUUCCCACAAAGAGAGGUUUGAUCCAAGUGGGAAAGGAAGAGGCAAAGCAGGACGAGAAGACCUGGUUGAUGCGUCGGGCUAUGUGCCUGGGUACAAGCACGCAGGCACAUAUGAUCAUAAAGUACAAGGAAGCAAGUAAGCCUGGGGAGUUUAAAAAGAGAGAGAGAGAAUAUACCUGUAAGAAUGAUGUAGAUGAAUCCCACAUGUUUCAGUUAUCGUGAAUGCGAAGACUAUGUUGGCGAGAAGUGUUUUCAGGAACUGGAACUGAUUUCAACAUCUGCUGAGAUACUUGCAGCACAGCAACACUUCAUUACAUUCCUCAUGCUUACAUUGGCAACAAAUAUAAAAUACAAAGUUGUUGAGCUUUAGACAAGAAACCAAAUGCAAGGGCUGUUCUACCACACUUUGUCAAUACUGGUAAAAGAUCUCAAACAUUCCUAAACAUCCAGUUCUUUCUUGAGUAUAGAAGAAAAACGCUCUCCAGAUAGUUGAAAAGAGGGUCAUUGUAAAUCUUCCUGUGAUAGCAGCCUUUCCGAAGAGCACCCCAAUAUUUAUGUAGUGUGAUUUGAAUACUUAUUUAUUUGAAAGAUGUCUUAAAGAGGAUCCAGCUCUGCCCUCAAAGACAAAAAUUCAGUAUUGUACUAGUGGGAAGUAAAUGGCUGUAAUAUAACAGGUUGCUAUCCUGAAAAGAAACAGAUUUUCCUACACCAUUUGUGAACUUAUUCCUCCUUGCUGAGCCUAUUUAGGUUCCAAUUUAUUUGUCAGCAGAAAGAUGUGGAAGACACUAGCCCUCGUUUCCUUACCUCCCAAAGCCCAAGACUUCUCAAAACCAAUACUGUACUUCCUGCAAGUUACUGCGUGUAUUGGUAGCAUGAUUCUAACUGAAACUACAGGACAUAAAAGGCGCUAAUGUACUAACAUGAUAUAUAGAGGAACUAGAUAUAUUGCUAAGGAAGUCUUGAUGGAAAGAUCAAUCUUGGUUGCAAUCUGGUUUUUGGUUUGCACAGUGCAAGUGAAGGGGGCAUUAAGAUGAUGGAUUAUACUUUUUAAACUUUAAGUGUGAACUAAACACCACUGAUCAGAUUUUCAUCGAGCUAGGCACAUAUUCUCAUGCACAUGUACAUACAUACACAGGCACCUGCUCCUUUUAAGUUCUGACUGAGUUAAGGAAGGUCUGUGACAACUCUGAAAUACAUAAGUUCAUGUAAGGACAACUAAAUUAUCACCACAAAAUAGUAAUUUGUUAGUCCUUUAUUCACAACUAGGUGCUUCUCACGCCCUCUAAAGAUACAUUACUAAAGUUAGCUAAACUGAUUUGGUAAGUGUUCUAUGUUUGAAGCUAGGGGCUCUAUUCUCCUCUUAUUUGGACUGUCCAGUGAAAGUCAGGAAUAAUUCUUUGAAGGCAAUAAAUUUCCACAGGUUUAGAGAUGCUGUAAGAGGAGAAUCAGGACCAGUCUUAAUGGUUUAACAAACUGGCCACUAAGUAUCCCAUAUGGCCCACAUAACAAGUGGUAUUAAUUGAUAAAUCAUUGAAAAACCUCACUCAUUUGAUAUUGCUUAAAAAGUAAGGAGAAAUAUCCAUACAGAGAAAGUGCAGGGGCUCAUUCGCUGAUCUCUAUAUUCUACAUGUGGUUAUUGAUAUUCCACAAAGCAGAAUAAGCACCACAAUGUAUAAUAUAAGACGAUAAAGGAGGACUUUUAGUUGGGUAUUUGAUAACCGUUUAAAAUUCUGCUUUGCUUUCUAUAAAAUAGAGUUCAAGCAUUAACUUUAUAACUCCAGAUAGUACAGGUUAAUCACCUCUGUUGCCUCUCUGCCACCAUCUGUGUCAGGGUUCUAAUGUAUACAGAACAGCUGGCUUUAGUGAGCUACUUACAUACAGUAAGCAGUAACAUAUGCUAGUUUUUCAUGCAGGCCAACACCCUGUAUUUGGCACAUGUCCAGACACUGAACACAGGUUCUCAGCCUUUGAACAGAUUGUCUUUUGUUUUCUGCUGACUUUCUAUAGAAGCCUUUUCUGUAACUUUGCCACCACUGACCUUUCAAACCAAAACAUGAACGUGAAACCAAAAUAACAAUAAUAAACAAAAGGAAGAACUCCUUCAUGGGCUUGGAAAUUUUUUUGUUUGUUUUGAUUUUUGGUUUUCAGGAGAGAGGGAAGUCUGCCCAACCCAGUGCAUGCUUUUAAAAGGUCUUGUUUGUGUUUUCCCCCCUUUAAGCCCUCCUUGGUGGCUCUGGUUACCUGACACAAUUUUAGAGAUACACCAGGACUGUCAGAGUGUGGCAGUAUUUGUUUGUGAAGCCUUUCCAAGUGUUUCAAAGUUAUCCACUUUUCCUGAACACUCCAGUUCCUGGAAAAGGAAAGGUUAGUUAUCCAUUUACACAUCAUACUGGCUACCUGCCUUCCCCUUCAAGGAGAGGUAACAGCACAAACCCACUUUCAGAUAUUUGUUAUGGCCACAUUAUUCCAGAAAAGCAGCGGAACACAGAGUAACUGGUAAAGUGCAGAAAUGUAUUAUUCCUUCCUGAAAUGUCCCAUAAAGCUACAAAUCUGGAUAGUGCUC